UUAUUCGUUUCGCGGUAUGGCGCACGACAACACCGUGGUACGCGUGAAGCAAGGCCAGUUACGUGGCGUUAUCGAGGAAAGCCAUUAUGGUGACCGGUAUCUCUCGUUUCGUGGUAUCCCAUACGCGAAGCCGCCGGUCGGGCCGCUUCGAUUUAAGGAUCCAGAACCCAUAGAGCCAUGGACAGGUGUAAGGGACGCUUUAGAGUUCGGCAACUGUUGCAGUCAGAAGGACAUGUUGUCGCACGAUUUCGUGGGAGACGACGAUUGCCUCUACUUGAACGUGUACAGACCGAUGAAACCGACAUCGACGAAAAUGUCGGUGAUGGUAUGGAUCCACGGUGGUGCGUUCAUGAUGGGGUCAGGCAACGACGAGUAUUAUGGGCCUGUGUACUUCAUGCGGAAGGAUGUUAUUCUGGUCACGAUUAAUUACAGACUCGGUGUUUUGGGUUUUCUGAAUUUGGAACACGAAGUCGCGCCGGGUAAUCAAGGUUUAAAGGACCAAGUGAUGGCCCUGAAAUGGGUACAGGAAAAUAUCUGCAACUUUGGUGGAGAUCCCAACAACGUCACUAUAUUCGGAGAAAGCGCUGGUGCCUCGUCGGUCCAUUACCUAACUUUAUCUCCAUUGGCUCACGGAUUGUUCCACAAAGCGAUUAUACAGAGCGGAGCGGCGCUUAAUCCCUGGGCCAUUAUAAGCGAGAAACCGAGCAAGUACGGAUUCGAUUUGGCCGCAAAACUUGGCGAAACCUCGAAGGAUCCUGAGACUGUGGUCGAGUUCCUGAGGACGAUAGACGCAAAAAAGCUCGUGGAUAUCGAAACUAAGCUUCUCACGCCAAAGAAACGUUACACUACAUUCGGAAUGUUUGUACCAGGCGUCGAUGACAAAUCUGCAAAUCCAUUUAUGCCUCAACAUCCGGCGGUAAGGGCUAAAGCGGGUAUUCAAGUACCUCUUCUUAUAGGUUUCAAUUCAAACGAGGGAAGCAUGCUCUUGAAUAUAUUUCGGGGAACUGAUUCCGCGGAAUCUAUCCGAGAGGUGAACGAGAACUUUGAGCUGGUAAUCCCCGAGGAGACGAAGAUUUACUUAAGCAAGGAAGGAAUCAGUUCGAACGAAGUGAAACACUUGUAUCUGGGCGAUGAUGUACUUAGCGAGAAAACGGCGCAUAAAUAUGCAAAUUAUUUGAGCGACGUGAUGUUCCUUCAGGGUAUUCACGAGGUCGUCAAUGUCCAGAUGGAAACGAACAACCACUCUACGUAUUUUUACAAAUUCACUUACGAUCCAGAACAGUCGAUAAUGAAAGCGACCUUUAAUAUUACUCUGCCAGGAGCGACACACGCGGAAGAGUUGCAGUACUUGUUCUAUGCGAAUUUAGGGAAAAAGAUGGGCAUAGAACCAUUCAAAGUUGGAAGCGAGAUGUACCGAAUGAUGGAGUGCUUCACUCAGAUGUGGACAGACUUCGCAAAAACUGGGAAUCCAACACCAAAGACCACAGAGUUGAUUCCAACGACUUGGCAGCCAGUCAUUCAAGGGGAUAAGUAUAUUUAUAUGAAUAUUAACAAGACGCUCAAAAUGGAAAGCUGCAGUAAAGAGGGACAGAGAUUCGAUUGGAAGAAAAUAAAAAACAAAUUGUAAUAUUCGAUCGCAUGAUUUAACAUUUAUGAUCAAACUAAGAUAGCAGGCCUAUCUCGUCGAUAAACCAACAUUUGAGAUAUUUUAUAUUCAUUAUUGUAUUCAUAAAUAUUCGCACGUGUAUUAUUUUUGAAGCAAAAAUAAAAUACUUUUUUUACGAA